CCGGCACCAUGAGCUUCGGCUCCGAGCACUACCUGUGCUCCACCUCCUCCUACCGCAAGGUGUUCGGGGACGGCUCUCGCCUGUCCGCGCGCCUCUCCGGGGCUGGUGGCGCAGGCAGCUUCCGCUCGCAGUCGCUGUCCCGCUGCAAUGUGCCCUCCUCGGCCGCCUGCUCCUCGGCCUCGUCGCUCGGCCUGGGCCUGGCCUACCGCCGGCCGCCAGCGUCCGACGGGCUGGACCUGAGCCAGGCGGCGGCGCGCACCAACGAGUACAAGAUCAUCCGCACCAACGAGAAGGAGCAGCUGCAGGGCCUCAACGACCGCUUCGCCGUGUUCAUCGAGAAGGUGCACCAGCUGGAGACGCAGAACCGCGCGCUCGAGGCCGAGCUGGCAGCGCUGCGGCAGCGCCACGCUGAGCCCUCGCGCGUCGGCGAGCUCUUCCAGCGCGAGCUGCGCGACCUGCGCGCGCAGCUGGAGGAGGCGAGCUCGGCGCGCGCGCAGGCCCUGCUCUUUUUAACACCGUUAGCGAAACAAUGGUAGGGGCGCUGUCCACGGUGCUGAUCUCAGUUCUUCCCAUCUCAGAAAUGUCUCUCCCGCCUCAUCCAUGAGGUCCCACUUGAAAAUUUCCAUUUCCUUAACAUUUUUCCAUCCUACGUGCAUGUGCUAAAUCACACAGAUGGUGUCUUUGUUAUAGGACAUUUAUUUUUUCCCAUUUUUCCCUGUCUUCUGGCUGUGGCUAAGCCAGACCUGAGCUCGGCGCUGAGGGAGAUCCGCGCCCAGUAUGAGUCCCUGGCCGCUAAGAACCUGCAGUCAGCCGAGGAAUGGUACAAGUCCAAGUUCGCCAACCUGAACGAGCAGGCAGCGCGCAGCACCGAGGCCAUCCGGGCCAGCCGCGAGGAGAUCCACGAGUACCGGCGCCAGCUGCAGGCACGCACCAUCGAGAUUGAGGGCCUGCGUGGGGCCAAUGAGUCCUUGGAGAGGCAGAUCCUGGAGUUGGAGGAGCGGCACAAUGCUGAGGUGGCCGGCUACCAGUUUUUCCUCUUUUGGAUUUACAGGAAACUGCUGGAAGGUGAAGAGACACGUUUUAGCACCAGUGGAUUAAGCAUUUCAGGGCUGAAUCCAUUUCCCAAUCCAAGUUAUCUGCUCCCAUCCAGAAUCCUUAGUUCUACAACCUCCAAAGUCUCAUCCACUGGGCUGUCACUUAAGAGAGAGGAGGAGGAAGAGGAGGAGGAGGAGGCUUCUAAGGUGGCCUCUAAGAAAACCUCCCAGAUAGGGGAAAGUUUUGAAGAAAUAUUGGAGGAGACGGUAGUAUCUACUAAGAAAACUGAGAAAUCAGAUAUAGAAGAAAGCACCAUUUCAAACCAAAAAAUAUAAUUCUAUUGCUUAAAAUAAAUUAAUGCUUAAGAGGGAAAAAUAUACAUUCAACUUGUUUCACAGCCUAUUCCUGAACCAUACACCUGUCACCACUAUAAAAUGUCUUCAAGGCUUCAGUCUCAUAUUUAGUAUUGAAUACUUACUCUCUCUAAUAGGAAAACCACCCCUUAGGUUAGAGUAAACUGCAGUUCUGGAGCAAUCUCAGAGAAGUUAUCUAAGAAUACAGCUUUCUCACCUAAAGCUCAGGCUUCACAGUAAUAGAUGAUUCGGGUGCAGAGGAAGUACAAACUAAGGUGCUAAAUCUGUGAUCAUCAUAAUUUGCUGUGAACUGAAAUUAAAACCUAUAUUCAUUCACCAUACCCAGCCAUUGCCCGGCUAUAUAAUUUUACUCUAGAUACCUAAAACAUUCGAUCACUGCCAAAGAUAAACCACUGGUCUACACUCAGUUUUACUCUGAUAGAACUGUUCCACAAAUGACGGGUGUUUAUUUGAUGGACACAUUCCUUCCCACGCCUCUCAAUUCCAUAUAUCUUUUUUCUCCAUCCAGGGGGGAAAAGAAAGGCAAGUGUAGUAUUCUUCCCUGUUAAAUACACUUAAGUUCUUCUCAGAAGAACUUAUCCCCUUUAGCUCUCUUUGUUCAGUGGGUAAAAUUAGAUGCAUGUUGACCAUUUCUAUGAUUCAUAUAGUGACUUUUCCCUACCCAUUUCAUAUCCUUUCAAUUCUGUAGGUGAAAAAAAAUGGCAGUGAUGAAUUUAAGUGUUUUUCCCAACAAAUAAAAUAAUGAAAAUAAUCCCUAGAUUUUAGGCUUUUGGCUUAUUCAGAUCUAUUUGGGGGAAAAAGCCCUACUUUAUUAAAAAUGUAGAUUUUCACAUCAACUUUAGAAGCACGGUAAUAGUGAUUCCAAGCUGUGAUUAAGCUGACCUUAGAUUUAGUAGUAUAAGCUAGAAGAGGUGAAUAUUUCUAUGAAUGGAAAAAGCCAAGGUCUCAUUUAUCUGUGUCAGUUCACUUGUGGUGAUAUAGAAUUAGCUUUUUCUUGCCCUUACUCUUAGAAUACACAUAUUCCCCCUCCCACUAGUCUAGAUCCUAAAGAGGCCUUGCUUUUACUCUCCUAUGCCUUUUAAGAGUGCUAAGUAUAAGAAGUUUUAUCACCAGGACACAAUGCUACUGCCCCAAAGUAAAAGAAACCGCUUCUGGUCAAUGAACACCACCAGCAAAUAUUUUUAAAAAUUUUCUCUAUUCUAAAAGAGUCCUCCCCAACAGUUUCCCUAUUGCUGCAUUGUUGGUGGGGUCUCCCUACCCUGCUGGAGAGGAAGAGACACUCAGACCACAGGGGUGUGCAUGCUCCUAAUCACUUGCUAGGAAGUAGAAUCUGGAGAGUCCACUCUUCAUCUGCCCAGCUGUGUAGCAUCUGCAUUGCCCAGCAUUCCACGUGUGCCAAGCUUGAUGCAGGAUCUGUUCUCUGCCAGCAGCCACUUGCACCAGAGCUAAAAGUUGCCCUGUCUCUGUUCCACAUCUCUAUUCAGAGCUCUGUGGUAAUAAGGAUGUGAUGCUUUUACUUAACUUUCUUAUCCUAGCACAUGUUUCAAUAGUUUAAGGAACUGAAAGAUACUUUUCUUCCUUUUCCUUACCCUAUCUCUGUCUUUACUCCUCACACUUACUGUAAGACAGUAGUAAAAUAAAUUAAAAGUUACAUGAAUCCUGUCAACAUAA